GAGCGAAGAUCCAUCUCUUCACGGACGGCUCCAAAAAUCCGAAGAAGCCGAGCGACGAUGCCUGGUCCGUUGUGAUCGGAGGCGACGACAACCACGGUUUCAGCUUCCAGGGAGCCAUCAUAGGGAAGCACAAGAGCGGCACCGAUAUCGCCCUCAAGGUGAUACACUACAACCCCCAUCACAUCACCACGACAUCAACGGACUCGCUCGGCGCCCUGCAGCUCGCGAAGAGGCUCGCCUUCACCGACCACGACCCCAAGCUCGUCAGGACACUCUGCGUCCUCUACGACAUGAUCAGCAACAAGAUCGACCUGCAGCACGUCCACGCCCACGACUACAACCCGUGGAACGAGGUUGCCGACGCCGCCGCCAACCACGGACGCCUGCAAGAAGUUACACCUCCUCAGCCAGAGUGGGCAAGCGUCAUGGACGGCGCAUCCCAGCGGGACUGGGAGAUCCUGAUCGACGCGGAUCCCAACACUGGGGAGGCAUACCCCGCAUUCGGCCACGGCAACCUCACAGCUAACAGGGUCGAGACGACCGCCGAGGCCCGACACUUUCACAACCCCACCGAGUUCAGCGACAAGAAGAUUCUAGUAGAAAUAAACAUCGCGACCUUCAACAUCUAG